AUGCAAUUCAGCUAUAUCCUCUCGCUUCUUGGCCUCACAGCCGUGGCCUUGGCCCAAUAUGACGCCCCCUGCGGAAGCGCAAAGACAUGCCAGGCCAACUGCCCAAACAAAGACUUCAUCCCCAUAAUCGACCAGUGCGAACUGGUGAACGGACAGCCAGACUGCUAUGUGAACUUCUACUGUGCUUAA